GGUACCCCUAGCACGCUUUUUGCCUGCUUCUGGUCAUUGCAGGUGCAGGGCGGUAAUGUUUUGAACAUCGCAAAACAGGUGGUGCGCAUUCCUAAGUCCUUUCGGCGUCCGAGAUGGACACGCGCGUCCAGGAAGCAUUACUGACGCUUCCGGGGUCGCCGUCUGCGCUGGUGGCCUGGCAGAAGUCGAUGGUCGCUGUUGCCCAUCAGCAGCAAGUGUUCUUGUGGGACCGGCGGGGCCGUCAGGUGGACUUAAUUCAACUUUCGGGAAAUUGCAAUGGACUCUGCUGGGAUAGUGAAGGUGACCUGCUGGCCGCUUCCUGCGAAAAGUCUGCAAGGGUCGUUCUCUGGGACGCACAGACUCGUCGUCCUCAGCCCAUUGUAAGUGGUUUGGGCGAGGGCGUUUCGUGGGUGGGCUGGGGUCCCCGUGCAGUACUUGCACUUGCAACCACUAAAGGAAACCUCGUCCUCUAUGACCAUCGUUCCGGCAGAAGAAUGCCUGUUCUUGGCAAACACAACAGACAAAUUGUUAGUGGAGCAUGGAGUAGGGCAGGUCUCUUGGCUCUGGCUGCAGAGGAUCGAAGUCUGUCCGUCAGCACUGCUGACGGUGACACCCUGAGAGCAGUCGCCCUCAGGGCUGAACCUUCAUUGCUCCGAUUUGGAAGAAUAAAGACGGAAGAUAAGCCUCAUGGAGAUGAUACGGUCAGUGUUGUAGUUGGCCGUAAGACCCUUUAUUUGCUUCGGGUUUCGGAAGGGGAUGAGCCUGUUGAACUGGCGUUCCAGCCACGUUACGGCCAAGUGGUUUCUUAUGAGUGGUUCGGAGACGGCUACAUCCUCCUCGGUUUCUCGGCAGGCUUCCUCGUAGCUGUGUCCACUCACCCCAAGGAAAUAGGACACGAACUUUUCCAGCUGCAGCCGCAUCCGUCAGGCCUAAAACAUGUAGCAGUGGCUGCAGACGCCGACUUGGCUGCCACGGCUGGCACUGAUGGCCAGGUCAAGCUGCACUCCUUGGCGUCUGGGGAGACCAAGAGGGUUUUGGCUGCCCCUGGAGUCGCCACCCUUGCCUGGAGUGCAGACGGGCAACUCCUAACUGCCGCCUGCUCAGCAGGGGUGGCCAUCUUCCUGGCGCGCUUGCCUGCUGUGGCCGCUGCUGAUUCUAUUAGAGCAGCCGUUCUUACUUCAUUGUCAGAAGUUUCAGUCACAGAGCCUAAUUUUCAGGAGCCACUUACUAGUGUGCGUUUGGCCAUUGAACCAUCAUGGGCGGCUGUUGGCCCAGCACAUGUAGCCGCUGGAAUGAACAACCGCGCCUGGUUCCAUCGCCUGGGGGUUCCGGUGGAGGAAGCGGGCACCAAAGAAUAUGUUGCUUGUGUGAGCGCAUUCAAACUUAGCAGUCGCGUGGCUGCUGCACUUUGUGAAGGUCGCAUUCAUGUGCACACCAUUGAAGAAGCCUCUGCGGAAGCAGUGGUGCCAGAGGACGAGUCCGACGGGCGCGUUUCAAGUCACGAUCUCACUAAUGAAGCUCUUGUUUACGGAACUGACAUGGGGACUCUUGCCAUUUUUCACCUUCAGCAGUGGCGCCAGGUUCAACGAUUCCGCCACUCUUGUGCCAUCAAAGUGGUGGCUUCGGAACCAACAGGCUCGCGAGUGGCUUUUCUGGAUGACCAACACCAAGUCUUUGUUUUUUGUCCAUUCACAGAAAGUCUGAUAGCUGUGUCUGUAAGCACCUCAACAGAAGGUCUUCUUUGGGACUCAUGGUCAGGCGAAGCCUCAUUUCUGGCAACCUACGACGCCCAACAGGCAAGUGGCCAUGUCCUCGUCCGCAAUUCUGUGCGAGGUCCAUACGCAGAAACUGUUUCCACGCCUACGCAGCUUCCUAGUGGACAACAGCCACUGUGGUUAGCCGGGGGAGAAUUAGGCUUGAAUGGCCAGGAUGGUCGCCUCACCCGAGUCAUGCUCGAGGGACAUGCAGCUGUGCUGCGGCCAGACGACGCCUUCGACGCAAUGCUUGCUCUGCGAAGGUUCAAGGAGGCUUGGUCGGCCGCCACUGAAAAGUCUCAGUGGAAAAGACUGGCAGAGGCUGCAUUGCAUGACAUGGACUUUGAAGUGGCUUCAAGAGCAUAUCGCCGUUUAAAAGAUGCUGGAAUGGUAUGUUCAAUCGAAGCAGCCUCUGAAGCAGAAGAUCGGUUUGAGGCAGCUGGUAUGGCUGCAAUCAGCCUCGGCCUGUACGACUUGGCAGAACAAGCCUUUUUAAGAUCUGAUCGCCCAACAGCUGCGUUGGAAAUGCGCAGCAGCUUACUCCAGUGGCCUCGCGCCCUUGAAUUGGCCACCUCUUUAGCUCAAAACCAAGUUCCAUUGCUGGCCAAACAGUUUGCGCAGCAGCUAGAAUUUACAGGCGAACACGCUCAAGCUUUGGCGCAGUAUGAACGUGCAUCGACGCAGGUUGAUUGUAGAGCCGGUCUUGCUCGUUGCUCUCUGCGAUGCGGUGACGUACGAAGGGGACUUGCUUUGCUGGACGAGGAGCCUGCAGCACCCAUUGACCUUUUGCGCGAGUGCGCCACCAUUCUGGAGGCAGGUCGCCACUUGCCAGAAGCUGCUGCCCUGGCUGAACGCGCUGGUCUCUUUGAACGAGCCGCUGAACUUCACGUUCGACUAAAAAAUUGGCCAAAAGUGGCACAACUGUUGCCAAGAGUUUCUGCCCCGCGAGUUCACGCUCAGUUUGCGCGAGCCAAAGAAGCCGACGGACGAUUUUCAGAGGCUGUGGCUGCUUAUGUGACAGCUGGAGAUCCAGAAGCUGCUGUUCGUUUGCUCCUCGACAAACUCAGAAGACCUGAAGAAGCUGUCAAAAUUGUCAAAGAGACUCGAAACCCGGAAGCAGCAAAACAAGUAGCCCGAUUUCUUCGCAGUGCAGGUGACGCUACAUCGGCUUUGCAACUCUUGGUCUGGUGCGGCUGUGCUUCAGACGCCUUCGAGUUUGCUCGCCAAGCUGGUGAGAUGGCCCUUUUAGGACGGUUGCUUGCUUCGGAGGUGGCAAUUGAUGGUGCGCCGCCCCAAGCCCAACUAAUAGAGGUGGCUCGCUACUUUGAGGCAGAGCAAGAUGCCUUUUUGGCGGGCAAAUUUUUGCACUUGGCUGGUGAGAGCCAGCGAGCGGUGCAACUGUUGCUCAAGGCGGCUGCUGUCGGCCACAAGGAGGCUCUUGAAGUGGCCGUUGAGGCCGCUGCAGCUGCUGAACACGAGCCACACCUUGCUGACCAGGUCAUCCAGUUCAUAUGUGGUGAUUUGGAUGGCGUUCCAAAGGAUUUCAGCCUCGUCUUGAAACUUUAUUUGGCUAAAGGGCAAUUAGAAGAGGCUGCUCAAGUGGCUGUGCUAAUGGCUGAAGAAGAACAGAAGGCUGGUAACUACCGAGCUGCUCAUGACACUCUCCUAGCGGCCCAUCAGCAGUUGAGAGUAAGAGGAGGAAAUCCCCCAGAAGCUCUUCGUUCUCGACUGGCUUUGCUGCACUCAUAUACACUGGCCCGCUUGCAUGUGAGGCGCGGGAAACACAUGCUGGCCGCUCGUUUACUCUCCAGGGUUGCUGCUAAUAUUUCCAAAUUUCCUGCGCAUGCUGUUCCAAUUUUGACGUCAGCUGUCAUCGAGUGCAGUCGAGCUGGACUUGCGUCCACUUCGUUCAGAUUAGCCUCAAUGUUGAUGCGACCCUUGCAUAGACCCCAUCUAGAUCCCAAGUACAAGCGAAAAAUUGAAAGUGUUGUCAGGAAAGGUGUUCGUGACCCUGAGGCUCCAGAACCAACUUCGCCGUGCCCCCACUGUCUUCAGCCCCUACCUGAGUUUGAAUUAGCCUGCAGCAGAUGCAAAAACAAUUUACCAUUUUGCAUUGCUACGGGCAAGCAUGUUAUUAGAGAUAACUUCACUCUCUGUCCACACUGCGAGUUUCCAGCAAUAGCCUCUGAACUUACAGAGCUGCUGGAGACUGAAAGUGUUUGUCCAAUGUGUGGAACGGAAGUUGAAAUCGCAGCUCUCUCUACUCUUGAAGAUCUUUCCGAGCACCUCAAAGUUUGACCAAACUGCACCAAGCAUUUAUCUGAUCUCAAAGCUCUCUACCAUAUAUAUUUAUUUCUCUUUUUACCAUUCCUCUACUUUACAAAUUCACUGUCACAUUUAAAUUAUAUUUAUUGAAUUUUAUAGUUAAAUGUGACCGCCUCUUUAGAGGCUUAAUAAAGGGAAUAGUUAUUGAGGC